CUCUUCCUGGCACAGCAUCACGUUUGUUCAUUGUGGAGCGGAGCAGAUCGGUGUUUUCUUUGAGAGUGUAUAGGUUCAAACUGCACUGAUGUUUGUGCAGCCAUUUCUUCUCCUCCGGCACACCCUCUUUAAAGUACAACGCUAACGCUUGUGGGUCUGGACACAUCCUUUCAUGGCUGCAACACCCAGAUUGCCUUGAAGGUUUCGCUUCCAUGAUGCUUGGUUUACAUGGAAGUACUUCAAACCCCAAGAUGUAUCGUUGUGUGGCAUGUUCAGCCACCUUCCCUGGAUUGGCCUCUUUGCUCGUACAUCAAGCAACCCAUGCUAGUGUACUCCCCAAAGUCUCUACCCAGCCACAAGUGAACAUCAGCCCUCCUGAAACACUGUUUGCAAGUAUGGACUCAUCCAGUGAGCAUCCCGGUCCACUCUUGCCUGAGUGCCCUUCAGCUUCUUUUUUUAUUUGUGAUUGUGGAGAAGAAUUUCAGGACUUUAGUCUAAUGCUGCAGCAUAAGCAGUCACAUAUCCCUCAAAUCCAACUACUACCACCUCCCAAUUGUAAUAGUGCUAUCUCUAGUGAAAUAGCAUUCGAUGAAGAUUUACCCUCCCUGCAUGUACCAUGUAUGCCAGCGGAAACGCAGCCAGAUUUGACCCUUAGUCUCCCCUCUACCUCAAGGUUUCCAGCUGUCGAACUACCCACAUUAACAGACCAUAAAGCAGAUGUAAGCCUGGAGGAUGGCAUUGCCAUAGUAACCACUCCUCAAGGCCAAAGUACACCCUCUCAAGAUGAAGGUGAGAAACAACUUGAGAAAAUAUCAGGCCCAGCAGAGCUAAUACCACAGACUGUAGAGGACAUGCAUGUGCAGGACCAAACAAAUGAUGUUCCCAGCAGCGUAAAGGGUGAGUGUUUGCCUAAAAGUAACGCUAUAAUGAAGAUGCUUGCAUCAGCAUACAUGAAACACUCGCCACAGCCACUGUCUCAGAAUCAAAACGAUAACACAGUUACCCCCAAACAAGAAGUGGUCCCCGUUGAUAUAACAACAGAAGCAAAAACUGAGGAGCCCCCAAUCAACAAUCUGUCAAUUGCACAGUUGAGGCGGCUGCUUGCAAAACCCGGAAUAAAGACAAAAGCUCCAUCCAUCAGCAGAAUUCUUGAAUCGAGCAAAAAGAAGGUUGUCUCUCUUACUAAGACUUUAUCCCCCGUAGUGGUUCUUGAAACCCGUCAAAAGCUCAUGGAUCCUGGCACUAAUGGCACAUAUGGGAGGUAUCAAUGUGGCCGCUGUCGAAGGGUCUUUCAAGACGUGGACAAACUUGCAGAGCAUCAUUUCUUGCACAAAAAAGAGAGGAUUAAAUGUUGCCGUCGCUGCAAACAGCUGAUCAUUGGGCGGCUUCCUUUACCUGAUAAUCAUGUAUGCCCUCGCUCAGGAAACAACACCACACAACCAUCAAGCUCUCUUAAAAAUAAAUUACCAUUUGCCAAAAAAAUUGUUCCAUUCCAUAGCGUAAACAAUUCAAGAAAAUCUUUCUUUUGUCCAUUGUGCAAGCACAACUACGCUCGGAUGUGGAACCUCAAGAUGCAUAAAUGCCAGGGAUCAAGGUCAGCCCCCUUAACGCAGACGAAUUCCUUCGUUCAGAGAAUGCCAAUAUUAGGAUCAAACAGUGAAGCUAGACCUCAACUCUCCUCGAGUGUUGCAGUGGGAACUGAACUUACUGGUCAUAUCAAGGUCGAGGUGACCUCUCCAGAUUCGGAGCAGUCUGCGGUUUCACAGUUGGCCUGGGUUCAUCCAGGAAAAAGCUUCUUACCAUUUUCCUCCAAAUCUUCCAUGAAGGAGCAGCACAUGGGCGGGGUUGCACUCAAUCAAAGAGAAGAAAACAGCAGCUGGGAUGCAGCAAAUGAAAUGGAAGACCAUGAUGAAGGGGAAUGGACAAUGCCCUUGGAUGAUGAAAUGGAGGUGCUUAACUCUACAGAUAAAACUGAUGGUGAUGGAGACUUGAAUAAUGCUGUGACAGGCGAACAUGAGGUGACGUCGCUGCGCUAUUUUGUCAGAGAUGGUAUAAAACGUUACCCUUGUAACCGAUGUCAGAAAACGUACAGUCGUCAAUCGACUCUGAGGCGCCACCUACAGCUGUGUGGAUUUAGGCCACGUGGACCUGGCACUGUUGCACAAAGCGGUAGUCAUGGUGCCAGUUCCCUAACUGCAAACAAUAUGAAACCAAUGUUUGCCUGUUUUGUAUGUGGGAGAGAAUUUAACCGCAAAGAUAACAUGAUGGUUCACAGUAAGAAAUGUCAGUUGCAACAAAAAAUCGCAGAAGGAGGACAGGUGGGUAGAGGGACUGUGCAGCAGAGUAUGUCAGGCAAUGCAACAGAGGAGGAGGAUGAAAGCAACUGGGGCAUCAUGUCCCUGCCCUCUGUUCUUCCAAGAAGGGUGACGUGUGAGUGCGGUGUCGGAUUUACUUCUCCUAGACUUCUCUUGGUGCAUCUGCAGAAACAUGCACAGGAAUCCUACACAUGUCCGACUUGUGGAGAGACUGUCAAUUCCUGGGCGGACUACGAAGUUCACCUUCAGAUCCACAUGCAUCCUCAUCACCAGCUGCUGAACGCACUUAAACCACAACGAUCACAACCUUUAUUGCUUCGUUUUCAGCAGAUGCCGCCUCAGCAGAAGCCGCCACCUCAGUCAGUGCAUCAGCCCCCACAGAAGCAGCCACGCCCGCUGCAGCUUCCAAAUCCAACAAAGAAGCAGCAGCGCAUUGUGUGCACCCGAUGUAGCAACACCUUCUCCUCUCGCUGUUCCCUUCGGCGACACUUAUCCUGGAAUCGCUGCAAAGGUGGACGAGCUACAAAUCCCGCAAACCCACCCAAAACGUUCCAAUGUUCCAAAUGCAACUCUGACUUCCCAAACACAACCAGUCUUAUGUUUCACCAGAGGAGUGGGGCUUGCAAACCUGCCAUCAAGCCUGUGCGUUGCCCUGUUUGUCUUCGCUGGUUUGGCACUGUGGACGGAUUGCAGAGACACCUGCUUACUCACAAGCCAUCUGAAUCAAAACAGUCUGAAUCAUAUCGCUGUGAUGUCUGUCAGGGUACCUACUCAAACUUGAAAUCACUCAAAAACCACCGCAGGAGGAUCCAUCGCAUCAUGGCUGGGGACACUACACCCAAAACUCAACUGCUGACUUCCUAAUGACAUUUUAGUUUCUACUUAGAUAUGGUAGGGGUGCAUUAAAAACAGACCACAUUUUUGUACACUUUUUCAUUUGUGCCAAAUGGAGUUUACUGUUUUUUUGUUUUUUACUGGCCAUUGUUACAGUGUUAUUGAAGCUUGCCACUGUUAAAAAAAAGAGGCUGUGGUAUACUGUAAAUAUCAAUUGAAUCAUUUUAUUACAUAAACUCAUUGGCCUGUAAAUAAUCAAACGUUUACCACAGUUAGUGAUGUAGCUUAUUGUUGUACCUGUUUUUAAUAAACAUCCUAGUAAGUGAAACAUGUACGUUUUAUAAUUUUGUGCAAUAUGGGAUCUUAUCUUAAGUUAUUCAAAGCAAGCAAUGGAUAUAAUUGUUACAUAUGUAUAUGCCUCCACAUUAUGUAAGGGCAGUUAACAAACUACUCAUUGAAUUAGAGUCUUAGUUAGGGUAGAUUAAGUGGGCAGCCCAAAACUUUGUGCUCCCAAAAAGCUCCAGGUUUAUCUCUGUUUAAAUUUGUUUGUGCUUGUUUAUGAAUAUUUAGGGGUAGGUAUAUUUAAAGCAGAGCAACAACUGACAGGGUGAGAUCCUUAAGGUGGCCUUUAUUUUGAGGUCCAUCUUGAUCAAAUGUUAUUUAUUUUAUUUCAUUUAGAGUGUACUUCAGUAUAUUAACUAAGCUCUAUUACGAUUUUAUCCUAGCAGGUAACCAUUGUAUUUGAAUAAAAAUAAGGUUUAAAAGAACAAUUCUCAUUACUUUAGUCUUGGAGUAAUAACUGGCUAAUAAAAACAUCUUUUGAUGUGUUAAUGUGUUAA